AUGCACCAUGGGCCGAAACUGCUGGCAGCUGCAAGCUACUGCAGCACUCCGAGGUCCUCUCGGGCCGGGAAUGCUUUGCUCCAGCGCGAGCUCCAGCGGGCGUCCUCACCGCUGCGGGUGCUUCGCAUCGUCGGCGAGAACCUUCAUCUCCUGGAUGCGCGCAAUGUGAGCUUGGCCUUGGAAAAGCUGGCGGCGCAGCCCGAGCGGCACGAUUCCGGGCGUAUGCACCUCCCCUUGCGCCGCCGUGCCGCUGCGGACGUCGAGCUGGAAGAGGUCCCAUCCUGGGCGUCCGGUCAGAGCGAGGUCUCGGAGACCUUCCCAAAGCUGCUGGAUUGUGUUGCAGAUGUGGUGACACUGCUGGAGAGCAAGGAGCUGGCAAAGCUUUGCUCGAGUUUGAGCCGACUCCGUGUGAAGGAAGAAUCACUCUGGAGCUCUGUGAUGGCGGAAGUGGCUCAGAGGCUUUCGAGGGAGGAGUUCAGCGAGUUGGACAUCUCUGAGAGCUUCCGAGCGAUGGCAGUCGCCAAAGCUGCGCUGUCCCAAAGCCUACCCUACGAGAUGGCCGAUCGCAUGCAGGUUGCCAAUUGGAUGAGCCCACACAGUUCUGCAGUCGUGACGCACGCCAUGGUGACAGCAAAGCAUGUUCCGUCUGCAGAUUUCCUCCUUGCUGUGCAUGCGCGGUGCAUUUCGUCAGAAGCGACAGAGGACACACUCAAGCUGCUGGCCUCCGCUUCCACUGCUUGGCCCGAAGAUGGCGAGAAAAGACAUGCCCUGGUGGUGGCCCUCACGGAGGAGGUGCUCCGACGUGAGCCCGUCCCGUCCACCUGCCGCGCGGUCUUGUGGGCAGUGGCGCGGUCACACACUGUGUUGGACGCGGUGGAUGUGGACGUGAGGCGACUCAUCCAUGAGGCUUCGCAGGGCUUGCCACAGGCGCCGUCUGCAGAACUGGCAGCGCUGGCUUCAGCGGCAGCGACUGCCGCGGCGGCCGGACGAGUGGGCAUUGAUGUGGCGCAGCAGGUGGUGCAGGUUGCUGUCGAAGAGGCCUUGCCUAAAGACCUUGGGCCACAGCACCUAGUGGCUUUCCUUUCGGCUUGUGCCAACACCGACUGCGGACCACGGUCCACGACACCACCGACUGCGGACGGUGUCACCCAGCGCCUGGGACAACGUCUGGCGAAGGUGGUCACGGCGUUGAGCGAGGCACAGCUGGUGAGGGCGACCAAGGCACAGCUGAAGAUCACAGAGGAGUGCCAUGGCGCCACCCUUUGCAGCCAGGCCGUGCAGCUCUCGGAAGAGGACGUGCUAUUGCAUGCGAUCUGCGAUGAGCUCUUGCACCGACCUUCGGUGUCUCCCAGCUGUGCCUCGCGCAUCGCGUGCGCUCUGGCGGAGUCGCAACACCGGAGGCUCUUCGCCAGAUUGGAGCCCAUCCUUGCUCAGAAAGCAGGUCACUUGCUUCCCCAUCAUCAAGCACGCCUAGCGCAUGUGAGACUGGUGCGGGAUGAUGCAGGAACUCCUGAGGUGCGCCCAACUGGUGUGUCAGUUUGGUCGCUCCGCCCUGCCAAACGGGUGUGGUCCGGCUUGCAGGAGAAGCCGGAUCAGCAGGUUCAGGAUCCGCCGCAAGACACGUGGCAAAGUUCCAAGAAAAGGCGGAUGCCCACCGUGUCCUUGACCAAGACAGACAGCUGGAGCGACACCUGGCAAGGCUCCAAAUGGAGCAGCUGGGAGAAAGACAGCUCCUGGGACUACGCCUACAGCAGCUCGAGCAAGUGGUCUUGGGGGUGGCCCGCAGGCGCCUCAAGUGCGAAAGCAUCGGGAAGCGCCUUGAAAACAACCUGGGAGGAGACCAUGCCUAGCGCUCCUCCUUUGGCGGUCUUUGGCGGCCUGAAGCUCUUUGUCGUCGGGGGUGUUCCGAUCGUCGGGCUUGGCAAAGGGGCCGAGUUUGAUUCGAACGCGGCACCCUUGUUGCAAGUGGCGUUGGAUGAUCACACCAAGGCCGAAAGCCUCUACGAGACCUGUGACCGGAUGCCUCAGGCGAGGCGCGUGGCAGCAGAAGCGAAGAAGCAGAACAUUAUCUCUGUUCUUGCAGAGAUCAGCUUUGUGCGCGCCCGGGGUCGUCAGUUCCCACUAGCUGCUGGUCUACAAGGAAAGCGCUCUAUGAUGCUGGCCUUGGCCAUUGCUCUCAGUGGCCAUGACGCUAGAUGCUUCCAGCGUUGCGAGCUUUUCCUGAGGACCUAUGGCUUAAGCGAAGACUUCAGGAGGCUUCUCAGCAAGUCAGGUCUACAGGCGAAGCCUACCUCCAGCUUGCUGUGA